CUCGGAGAAAAUGGAGCCUUUCUCCUCAGCUUCAGAGUGCAUUCCAUGGCUUGUGGUCCUCAUCAUCGAAUGUCUGGCCAUUGUCAUCCUUAAUAUCAUCGCCAUUGUUGUUUUUGUGAAGGAGAAGCGUCAGCUUCAGUGGCGGAGUACAUAUUUGAUCAUCCAUCUGGCGAUAGUCGAUGUCUUGGUGGGCGCAGUCUCUGGGCCGCUGCAGAUUGAAAUAAAAAUGGAGUGGCUCUGUCCUCUAUGGAAUUACAGACGAAAUACUCUUUGGUCUCAUCGUUUAUCUUUUUUAUUUCUACAUUUAUUCUAUUUCACUUCCCUUACAAAUCUCAUUGCCAUUUCCUUAGAACGGCUACACGCAACAUUUUGUCCAUUCAGGCAUCGCUUUGUAAGGAAAUGGGUUUAUAGAGCCAUGAUUAUUGUCAUUUGGUUAAUAGCUAUUGUUAGAGAAGUCGCCCAAAUUUUCUUAUGGGAAAUAGGUUAUUUCGAGCUAAUUAAUGCUUACUUGUAUCUCCCAUUUUAUGCAGUUUCUCUAUUCGUUAUCUGUGUAUCUUACAUCCUCAUUGUUAUCAAAGUGCGAUGUAGUCGUCAUCCCCAAUUCCAUUCUAGGUCCAAAAGAGAAAGAAAACUGACGGGUGCUGCGCUUAUCGUCUCACUAGUAUCUUUACUUUGUCUUCUACCAGGGACAAUGUAUGUAGCAUGUAUUCACCUUUCCUCUUCUUGUUUUAUGAUGUAUUUUCAUAUUAAGAUGGUUGUGGUAGUUCUAUUCUUAGCUAACUCACUUGUAAAUCCUAUUAUUUACGCUCUUCGGAUGCCAGGAUUCAGAGAAGGUUUAUUACAGCUAGUUUACAGGGUCCCAGACUUUCCUCGUAUCGCCCUAGCAAACCUGCCACUUCGCAACCUUUGGAGAGCGUAGAUGGAUGGUAGGAAAACUAUAUAUGAAAUUUUUCUUUUAAAUAACUUUAACUUCUUAGCCGAGCAACAUGCAUUUCCAUUUCAUUUUUUGGUGAUAAGAGAGUUGACUAAGGAUAGAAACGGUACAAACAUCUAAAUGAUUAAA